CUUGUGCACUGUACAUGCUGGGGAAGAGGACGUGUCUGGUAACCAAUCCAGCCGAGAGGGGUGUGUGUAUGUGUUGUGAGAAAUGGGAAAUAUAUUUUUUUUUUCUCUGUUGGGAACCUUACAGACAGAACAAUGAAAGUCAGGACUGGAAAGCAGUUUCCGGGAUAUUCUUCCCUUUGUUUCAAUAAGACCGACAGCUCCCAGGAAGAAGAGGAGUAGUGGUGACAUGUAACUUUUCACUGGCAGGCUCCUUCUCAUCUAUUUGUCUGAGACGGAUCCAUUGUGGGCUCAGUCUCAGGUCAGUUUUUAAAGGCUUGUUUGCUUUGAAUUCAGAAUGAAUGAUGGGGUAAGAUCAGGCAGUUACUUUCCGACGCACAGGACUUCUCCAUUCGCCAGUGCCUUGAGGAUCCAAAUGCCGUCCCCACGGAGGUUUAUUGUGACGUCCACAUCUUUGCCCCUGAAUGUGGACUGGGAUUUGAACAUCCUUAUCUAUGUGGCAAUUUUUUUGCUCCUCUUUCUCUUGCUGGUGCUUCUGCUGUUCCUGGUGAUAAAGCAGCUGAGAAACUCAGUGGCAGCUGUAGCUUUGCAGCCGAGCCGCUCAGUGAGAGAGCCCUGGCGCCUGUGCCGAGAGCAAGCAGUCUGAGCGUGCUGCUGGGGUGAUGUGAGAGACGCCACUUGACAAGGGCUCAGUGUGCGGCAGCUUGCUGCAUAAAGACAAGUCAGGCUGAACUCCGAGAGCUCUGCUGUUUAACACUGAUAUCUUACUUUCACCGGUUUUUCUUUGGAUUUCAGGAACGGCUAAACACUGCGGAGACACCGUGCUUGCUUGGAAGUAAAAGGAUCCAGUAAAACAGUGACACCAUUUGCUGUUUUUCUCCGGCUUUACUCAGAAGGCUCAUGGAAGUUUUGCUUUAAGUCUCUCAAUUAUUAAAUCUUUCCCUGAGACUUAAUAAGAUGGGUUAUUCUUAUUCUUGGGAAGUUCUUUAACAUCUUAUCUCCUGCGUGGAGGCACCUGACAGGGAAGGUAAGGCUGACGCGAUGUGAGUUAAUUUAUUACAUGCCCAUGUGGCUGCUUCUAAAAGGCAGUGCAGCCGAUUCCUGGACUUUUGCCUCCACGGGGUCUUUGUGUGUGCGCCACAUUGUCUUUCUUUUGUUUAUUCUCAAAGCUCUUUCUCUUUUUCUACGUGGAACUGAACAAUGUGAAAUCCUUUUAUCAGAUCUCUUGUAUGUGUAUAGAAAGUCAGUGUGACAUGUUCUAACAUGGUGUUUGCACCGACAUGCUUUUCAUAUGGAAAUCCAAAUAAAUUAGCUUCUCUUCCUGUGUAAAUUAUGUCAGCUUUCUUUCAUUCCCAUGUGGACCCUUUACCACUCUCAGCACAUCAACCAUUUUAAUGUUCUGUUACCAACCUCGCAAUUCCGCUGCUCUCCAGUCUCCUUUUUUCAAUACUCAUUACAGAGCAAAACAAAACAGUCAGAUCGCUUUGACUGUGGGCAAAGAAAAUUAUAUAUUUAAAUGGAGCUAAGUAGGAUACAGAUUUUGGAAUUCAUUUCAUUAGAGCCAGUUUUUUUUUAAUGGAUUUGAAAGCGUUUCCUCAUUCACUGCACAGGUGCAAUCUCCAUGCCAGCACAGAUGGACAAGAAACAGAUGAACGACUCUCUUCCCAUUUAUCUAAAACAGCUAAAGGCAAUCUGUAUGAAGUUCACAAGAGGACCUUUUAGACGCAGAAGGCCACGGGGCAUGAGGUU